AUGGUGUGCCAGCGAGACAGCGAGCGUGCAUGUGACUGCGACUGUGCGACUGCGUGUGCCCGGGGGAUGUUUGUUCUGGGCCUGCCCUAUGCCAUCCUUCAUGGUGGAUACCUAGGACUCUUUUUAAUAAUUUUUGCUGCAGUGGUUUGCUGCUACACUGGGAAAAUCCUUAUUGCCUGUCUUUAUGAAGAGAAUGAGGAUGGGGAGAUAGUCAGGGUGAGAGACUCCUACGUGGACAUAGCGAACGCGUGCUGCGCGCCUCGCUUCCCCACCCUCGGAGGCAGAAUUGUGAACGUGGCUCAGAUCAUUGAACUGGUCAUGACCUGCAUUCUCUAUGUGGUGGUCAGUGGGAACCUGAUGUACAACAGCUUCCCCAACUUGCCCGUCUCCCAGAAGUCAUGGUCCAUCAUUGCCACGGCAGUGCUCCUGCCUUGUGCGUUCUUGAAGAACCUCAAGGCUGUCUCCAAGUUCAGCUUGCUCUGCACGUUAGCCCAUUUUGUGAUCAACAUCUUGGUGAUUGCCUACUGCCUCUCCAGGGCACGCGACUGGGCCUGGGACAAAGUCAAGUUUUACAUUGAUGUGAAGAAGUUUCCCAUCUCCAUUGGCAUCAUUGUCUUCAGCUACACCUCUCAGAUCUUUCUGCCUUCCUUGGAGGGGAACAUGCAGAACCCCAAGGAGUUUCAUUGCAUGAUGAACUGGACUCACAUAGCAGCUUGCAUCCUUAAGGGACUCUUUGCCUUGGUCGCCUACCUGACCUGGGCUGAUGAGACCAAGGAAGUCAUUACAGACAACUUGCCAUCCACCAUUAGGGCAGUAGUCAACAUUUUCUUGGUGGCCAAAGCCUUGCUCUCGUACCCCUUGCCGUUCUUUGCGGCUGUGGAAGUCCUGGAGCGGUCCCUUUUCCAAGAUGGAAAUAGGGCGUUCUUCCCCAACUGCUAUGGGGGUGAUGGGCGGCUCAAAUCCUGGGGACUCACCCUCAGGUGUGCCCUGGUAGUUUUCACCCUGCUCAUGGCUAUCUAUGUCCCGCAUUUUGCCCUCUUGAUGGGUCUUACUGGGAGCCUCACAGGUGCAGGGCUCUGUUUCCUGCUACCCAGUCUUUUCCACCUCAAACUCUUGUGGAGGAAGCUCUUGUGGCACCACGUCUUCUUUGAUGUUGCCAUUUUUGUUAUAGGUGGUAUCUGCAGUGUCUCUGGAUUCAUCCACUCUUUGGAAGGCCUCAUAGAGGCCUUCAGAACCAACGCUGAAGACUAAGGAGGGGCCAGAGCCGGUUGCAGUAGGAGAAUCGCAUCGAACAUCCGCAUAGCCAAAUAAUUCUGCAUCCCUUUAAUGGAAAGAGUCAUUAUUUUCGUUACGUGCAUCCAACAAAUUCUAUGUCAUAGAAUCUGCAAAUUAAAGGAAAUAAGAAGAGAUGAAAAGUGUUCGCCCUGCCGUCUUUUUAAAUAAGCUAAGAGUUAAAUAUAUUUUUUUGUUAUUUAGAAUUUUUUGAAGGAAAUUAUCCAGUGCCCCACCCUUAUCUCCUCACUUGUUGCCUGAAGCUUGGCCCCCCGCGAAUGACCUGUUGGGAAACAGUCAUAGUUUUCAAUAUUCCUUACAGAUAUGCAAUUCAGUGUUUCAGGAGCUGAAACACAGGUGCCGAUCCGAUGGGAUUGGGUUACUGCGCUCACAGAUGGGAAGCAAACCGGC